AUGGCAACUGAGUACCUGUCUGAAGUUUUUCAGCUUUCAAAAUCCAACCCAAAAGCAAUAAAUGCUGUACAGUUUAUCAUACAAAAAACACAUAGUGAUCUUAUAUCAAGCCCGAUAGUCCAAGCAAUGAGAGCUCCUCGGGUAUGUUUUAUAUAGAAAUCAAGUCUGAAUAAUUUAAUCUCAAAAUUGCAUUUAAAAUCGCAGAAUGAUGAAAGAGAAGAGCUGCUUCGGAAAGAAAAACUUAAAGAAGCAAAAACGCAAAAAAGAAUGCUUCAGGAGCAGCUUAUGUCUAUCCAAGAAUCAAUCCGAGCCUUAGAUGAAAUUGAUGAAACCGCUGAUCAAGCUAAUAAAAUCAAUCUUCAAAAUUCAAGAGUGCGAAGAGAGUACUUAUUUCUCCCAAUUAAUAUAAACAUAAAAAAAUAUUUUUAAUGGUAUUUUUAAAAAUUUUAGGCAAAUAUGAAUUUAAUUUGUAAAAUUUAUGUUUUAAAAUGUAAUUUGUUUAAAAUUAAACAAAAUUAGCUAGAGAUUUCAUGAAAGAGGAAAUUAGAAAUGGAAAAGAAAAAAUGUGAAGAAGCUUCAAUGCUUGCAAGAAAGUUUUAUUUGGAACAAAAACGUCUGCAAAAGAAAUGGAACAAAAAACUAAAAGAAAGGGAUCUGAUGAUAGAAGAAGACUUAAAAGCCAAACAGCAAGAGCUUGAAGCUGAAAACCUCCGCAAAGAAGAAGAAUACAAAGAAUACCUUGAAAGAAUGCAGCUGAAAAAAGAAAAAAGGCAGCAAGAGCUCGAAGAAAUGAAAAAAUUAAAUUCCUACUACGAAGAAAUUAAAAAGAAAAAGCCUUUAUACGUAAAAAUCGAAGAAAAAUACAAAAGCGAAUACGAAAUGCCAGAGCUCGAAAAAAGAAAAGCUGAGCUUGCCAAGAAAAGAAUGAUGUAUCAGCCUGUCAAACUUGAAGAAAUUGCUGAGCACGCCAAAUGAUAUGACACUAUUAAGCAUGAGCAGCAAAAAAAAGUCGAAAGGGAGCAGCUAUCAAAAUUACUAGACAGCCAAAUUAGGCUAAGUGAGACCAUGAGGAGCUCCUGAAGUGCAAGAAUUCUUGAGCACGAUAAAUUAGAAAAAGAAGCCCAAGAAGCUCAAAGAGAAGAAAGGCUAAAAAUGAUUGAAAAGAAAACAAGAUACGCAGAACUCGUAAAAGAAAUGUUCCAGCCUUCUAUAGAUAGAGCUAAGCAGCAAGAACUCCAAGAAAGGAUCGAGCAGCAGGUGAACCCACCAAAACACAAAAUAUCGAAAACUAUUGAAAAUACUUUGGCAUAUAACAGUCCUAUUGUUAAAUGGAAGCCGGGACUUAAAAAACCUAAAGCAAAAGAAGAGGCCAAAAAAGAAGUUAAAGUCUUUGAUUAUCUAGGACAUAUGAGGAAGGUCAGAGAAGACCAACUUAAUGAACAAAAUACUGAUAAUUUGGAUAUUGAUUGGGAAAAUGAUAUACACUCAAAUCUCCCAGCUGCUGAAAAAGCCAAAAGAAUUAAAGCAAAAGCAGAUAAACUAGAGAAAAAAUGUAAAAGAAAAGAAAUGGUUUUCAGGUCGAGCAUGCCUGCAAAUCUGAAAGCAAUUAAGCAAAGCGAAAGUGUGGAUAAUUUAUUGAUUAAUUCAAUAAAAGCAAAAUUGGCUGUUUUGGAAUAUACUGGGAAUAAUGAAGGAUAUAAUUAA